AUGGCACCAAUAAAUCCCCUCGUAAACCAACCCAACAAGUCGAGUCCCAAGCCUCCUCCAGCUCCUAUCCUCGCACCCACCACAAACACACCAUCAAAACCCAUGGGUCGAAAAAGCUCCUCAAUUUUCUUCCAUCAACCACCAACCAACAGCAACACCAACUUGUCUUCUAACAAACCCAAUCCCCAAAACGACCGAAGUCUCUUCGUCUCCGUCGAAGGCACCAUGUUCCUCGAUAUCCGCGGCCUUCCUACGACUUCAAACAAACGUCGCAAGAAUAUCCAUACAACUGUCCUAGAAGAUGUUCCUGCUUUCUCUCUCCCUGAACCGGCUAAUCGAUCGCUUGUACAUGCGUACUAUGCCGUUGAUACAAAGACCAGUCGUAAAGAUAGGAAUUAUAGUGUUGAGAAUAUGGAAGCGUUGGAUCUUGCUGGUGCUAAGAACGCUGAGACACUUAAGGUGGUUGGGAAUAAGAAGAGAGGUUUUGGAGAUACGGAGAUGCAGGGUCGUGGUGCUGAGGAACGCGAUUAUAUGCUUGUUGGUGCAUUGGAUGCGGUCCCUACUAAGUGUAUGGAGGGUCUUAAGCUCGAUGAUAAGAUUGGUGGUGGUGGUGGUGAUGGUGACGGUGAUGUUGAUAUGCAUACUCGCGAUGUCGAAUCAACAAGGCUAGGAAAGGAAAAGAGAAGGUUCAGUGCAUGUGUUUAG